CUCUUGAUGUUUUAUCCACUUUUUAGUUUAUUGUUUGUUCUCCUAUGCGUGCGAGCUCGCGGCAUUCACGCAAGCAGACACACUACGGCGCUCCUGCUUCGUUAGGCACUGGUUCUUGUGACUGCAUACUCGACGGAACUCUGACCCAACACGGUGUGGAGUGCGAGCUUCGUUCCAGAAAGCCACGACGAAGCUCGCUUUUGGCAUCGCGCCGAUGAAAAUACUACUCUGUUCUCUGCUGGCUUUUUUCGGAACGGUGACCAGCCGUUCAAUGCAGUCGUUGAGUGGGGGAGUUAUAAUCGGGAGCCAAGUCCUCGUGGUGGAGGCAACGCAGACCCCGUCAGCAUCCUACCAAGAUUGAGGCCCUGUCGGGUGUUUCUUUGUGCGGUAGAAAUGCGUCACGAUGGCGGUCGCGUGCGUCUGCUUCAUUGGAAAACAAAAUGAACCGCUUUCUCUUCAGGUCUUCAAUUCUGACGAUGAUCUCUCGAUGCAGUUUGCCGCGUAUGCAGCCCUGGACAUUGUGGAAGAGAAGGUCCAAGCGCAAGAAUCACUCUCAUCGCCGUACGGACCAACGGGAGGAGCCGUCUCAUCCUUGCCUCCUUCAUCUGCCGACUGCUACCUUGGCGUCAUCUGUCCCGCUCUCUGCCUCAAUCGAGACUACCUUUUCCACGCUUACGUCUGCACUACGGGAGUGAAAAUUCUUGUUGCCAUCGAACAGAGAAACCAUUACCUUCAACACGACGUCCGGAAUCUAUUUCGACGGCUUCAUCGCCUUUACGCAGACACCAUAUGCAAUCCGUUUCUUCUGGAUACAAUCGAGACGCCAGAGUUCCUCAGCGAACUGGAUGCGAUAGUCGAGUUCUACGGUAAAAAGUUGGAGGGUGGAGGUCACUGAGGACAGUAGCCCGCAUCGAUGCUUCACGGGGCUUUCGAAGGAUUUUGUGCUUUACUUUUUCCCGUCUCAUGAACUGGUUUCCCGUUUUCGUUGCUUGCGAAGUCUUCUUAAUCCUACGUUUAUUUCGUCCGAUUUGCACUUCCUGUCCAGGUUUCGGUAGUUGUUUCGGUUUCUACAGAAUGAAAGAAAAGUGUUUCUGUGUUUGUUCGCUCUUCCAGCGACUCUGUUACCUCGGCCGUUCUCGUGGUAAAUCUACAGGAACAUACCAAUACAGACACGUCAG